AUGCGCGUGAGACACUCUGGAUCGAUUGUGCUGAGGAUAUGGGCUACAUCUGCGGGGCGGCAAUCGUGGCCACGGCGCGGACGGUCGGAUAUCCACCGCGGCCAUCAGACAUGCCGCCGCCCGCCUAAACUAUGUCCUACAAGGAGCGUGAUCGGCAUUUCAGCAUCGCUCAUUGCGUUCGCUGCACAAACCAAACCGCCACAUCGGAGGCAGCCCGGAUCGCGGAACUCACCCGCGCUGCCACCAAGCCCGGCGAAGUCGAAGCGCAAGACGCCCAUACCGGCCAGAGCCAACGCCCGUGAGAUUCUGACGGCGGCGAGGCUGUCUUUCCCGCAUGUGAAGCAGUGGGCGAAGGGGCCAGCCUCGCGGCGUCGUCGCAGGAUGCUCGAUCCGGCCAGAGAGUUGCUCCCCGGUACUGCUCAUGAAAUUGAAUGCGGUUGCGGGCGUACCAUCACCGUGCGUUGA